AUGUCGUGCAAAAAAUUAUAUUCAAGAUGGGCAUGCGAUUUUCUUUAUGAAGACGGACAAGGGCACGUUGCUGAUGAGAAUGGCGUUGAGCCAAUGGAUGUUGUUAUUGGCGAGGAGCUAUUCGCUAUUGAAACAACAAGUUCUCGUACUCAGUUCCUAAUGAAUAACCCUUUGGAAGGACUUAACCCUGUAAUGCAACAAGCGACGCUAUACGCACAGAGAUGGGACAAACGUUAUUACGAGGACCCUAAAAACAUCUUUGAGAAGAAAAAUAAGCCAGGUCGGCGUUGUAUCCUUGGGGAAGAGCAUAAACAGUUUCUUUUAAAUUAUAUCGAUGAGAACCAUUCUGCCGCUGUCAAUGAAGUGGUAGAAAGUUUGAAACAAAGCUUUGAAGGUCUCAACGUUUCUCGUAGUACUGUUUACAGCUUUAUAACAACUCGGUUUAAUCUGUCGAUUAAGCAGGCACAUGGCAGAAAACUGACCAGGAUUUUAUACCAAAUCGUGUUCUUUCUUGACGAAUCAGCCUUUUACGUUAAUUUGAAACGGGGUAUGGCUUGGUCAAAGAAAGGCACUCCCAUAAUAGUUACAGUGCCUACAAUGAAAGCAAACGCAGCAUCAGUUUUAAGUACAAUAUCCGCAAAUGACUUAACUCAUGUUAGCUUGCGAGUUCCAAAGCGUAUCAAAAAGAGAUAUAUUGGACGUGCGGCUAAUGGUUAUAACACAGAGACACUGACAGGACAUGUUAAAGAGACCAAAUUGAAUAAUUAG